CAAAUAACGUGUUAAAAGUAAAUGCUCAUCCUCGGGAUAAAAAGUUGCGACGGGAAAAUCGAAAUAAGAAAACAAAUCUUAAGAAAUAUAGAAAAAACUUUUUGUCUCAUUGGUUAGGCGGGUUGCCUAUAGGGGGGAGCAGAAAAAUGACAUCAAAAGCCAACAAUAUUCGUGCUACCUUACAAAGCAUUAUUCAAGGAGGAGGUUCUCACAAGGAAAUGGGGGAAAAAUACAGAACCACAUUAGAACUCAUCCUCAAAGAAACAGGCAAUGAUGUGAUUGAAGGAUUGCAAGUCCUCAUAGAAGCCAUUGUAAAUGAAAACGUAAGCCUGGUAAUCUCCCGACAAAUCCUGACGGAGAUUAGCACCCAUUUAAUGAAACUCCCCGACGAGGUAUCAAAGUUGGUAUCGCAUUACAUGUUAGAAAAAGUGCAGCCUCGCGUAAUUUCGUUUGAGGAACAAGUGGCCAGUAUCCGUCAACAUUUGGCAGAUAUUUAUGAACGUAACCAGCAAUGGAGAGAGGCGGCGGCCGUUUUAGUGGGAAUUCCUUUGGAAACUGGCCAGAAACAGUACACAGUCGAUUACAAAUUGGAAACUUAUUUGAAAAUUGCCAGGUUGUAUUUAGAAGACGAUGAUCCGGUUCAAGCGGAGGCAUUUAUCAAUAGGGCCUCGCUGCUGCAGGCCGAGUCCAAGAAUGAGCAGCUCCAGGUUUAUUAUAAGGUCUGUUACGCCCGCGUCUUGGACUACCGACGUAAAUUCAUCGAGGCCGCACAACGUUAUAACGAACUGUCCUUCCGCAACAUCGUACACGAAGACGAAAGGAUGACGGCCCUGAAGAACGCGCUAAUUUGCACAGUUCUGGCCUCCGCCGGGCAACAGCGCUCCAGGAUGUUGGCCACCCUAUUUAAAGACGAACGUUGCCAGCAGUUGCCCGCCGUCGGCAUUUUGGAGAAAAUGUACUUGGAGAGGAUCAUUCGUAGAUCCGAACUGAAAGAUUUCGAGGCUCUAUUGCAACCCCAUCAGAAGGCUCUCACGUUGGACGGCUCCAGGAUAUUGGACAGAGCUGUUAUCGAGCAUAAUUUACUCUCGGCUAGUAAAUUGUAUAAUAAUAUCAGCUUUGAGGAGUUGGGAGCGCUGUUGGAGAUCAAUUCGACCAAAGCGGAGAAGAUCGCUAGUCAGAUGAUCACCGAGGGACGGAUGCAUGGGUAUAUCGAUCAGAUUGAUUCGAUUGUACAUUUUGAAACAAGAGAAACCCUUCCACAAUGGGAUAAACAAAUCCAAUCACUUUGCUACCAGGUGAAUUCGAUUAUCGAGCAAAUAUCCAAGGCCCAUCCAGACUGGUUGGCUAAAGUGAUGGAAGAGCAAAUGGUUUCAUAAUUUGUUAUUUACUGUAUAUACUAAUAUUUAAAAUAAAAGCCUAUUAAGACUAUAAAUAAGGAUCUUUAUUAACAAUACCUCAACAUUAAUUGUAAUAAUAAAAAUGAUAUAGCAUGAAAUAUAAAAAGGUAAAUAAACCAAACGCCUGCGAGGGACAAAAUAAUUAAAGUUGCCAAAGGCGAUUUCACAAAAACUAUUUAAAAUGAAAAAAUGAGUUUGCGACUUAAUACUUAAAAAAAAAACAGACAAAAUUAUAU